GUCUGUAGUCUGUACUGCUACAUCUUAUUUUGGUAUACGGUCUGCAAAUCAAUACAUCAAUCAAACCUGUGCUCGAAGAACUGUCCUUAUUAGUCAUUGUUCAUGAAUAUUCAGUGGCAUAAAGAGAUGGAUGCACAGAGUUUAUCGUGUGAACACAAUGAAAUGCUAGUUACAAAAUCCAAUGGAUGUGAUCCAACAAACUAUAAAAAUAAAUCUCACUUGAUUAAAUUAUUUGAAGUCCUUCAAUCUUUACACAAAAAUGGUGUUUUAUGUGAAAUAAAAUUACAAGCAAGUGAUGGUAAAGUAGUAGUUGGGCAUAAAAUUAUUUUAGUUUCUGCAAGUCCAUAUUUCCAUUCAAUUUUUACUAGCUUAGAUGAAAGCAGUAAAUGUAUUGUCAAUGUAAAAGAGUUAGAUUUCACAGUUCUACAACUUUUGGUAGAUUAUAUUUAUACUGGAGAAAUCAAAAUCACUGAACAAAAUGUACAGGUUUUGUUACCAGCUUCAAAUCUCUUACAGUUAGAGUUUGUAAAAGAUGCAAGUGUCAAAAUUUUACAAAAACAACUAAAUCCUAUGAAUUGCCUUGGUAUCAGAUCACUUGCUGAUUUAAACAACUGUGUGGAAUUAUUGUCAAGUUCUAUAGAUUAUACUAAACAACAUUUUUUAGAAGUGGUUAAAUAUGAUGAGUUUCUAUCUUUAUCAUCUGAAGAAGUGAUUAAGUUAAUUUCUUGUCAUAAUCUUAUUAUUCCAUUUGAAGAAAAAGUAUUUGAAUGUGUUAUUAAUUGGGUAAAACACAAAUUAGGUUGUAGGUAUGAUAGCUUACCUAGAUUAAUUGAACAUGUGCGUUUGCCUCUAAUAUCCUUAGAAUACAUAAAAAAAAAAGUUGUUGAGGAACCUCUUCUUAAAAAUAGCCCUGAAUGUAAAGAUUAUGUAAAUGAAGCUUUAAAUUUUCAUAAACUUAAGACACAACAGGUUAUUACUAUUCCACAAACAAUUCGUAGUACACCUAGACUGUUUGGACAUAAAGUUGUUUUAGUGUUAUGUUUUUCAUCAACGAUGAAAAAGUAUUGCAUAAACUGGUAUGACCCAGUAACCAAAGAAUGGCAAGUUCCACUUAAAAUUAAUAAAAGGUAUUCUCCGUGUGCUCUUGCCUUAUUAAAAGAACAAUUUUUGAUUGUGUUGGGUGAUGAAUGUGGAUCAAAAUCUGUUGAAAUGCUCGAUUUAUCUUCAAACUUAUACUGUUGGGUAUCAAUGGUAGACAUGUUAGUUAGUCGAGAAUCUUUAGGUGUUGGCGUAAUUGACAAUUGUUUAUAUGCUGUUGGUGGAUCUGAUGAACUCAAUAUUUUAAAUAGUGCAGAAGUUUUUGAUGUCAAUAUUCAAGAAUGGCAAAUGAUAUCUAGUAUGUCUACUAUGAGAAGUGACAUGGGUAUUGAAGUACUCAAUAAUCUUUUAUAUGCGAUAGGUGGUUAUGAUGGUUCAUCGGCUUUGAAAUCUGUUGAAUGUUAUGAUCCCAGUAUUGACACAUGGACAACAAUUCCUGAAAUGUCUAUACGUCGCUUUGGUCCUGGGGUAGGAGUCUUAAAUGGUAAAAUGUAUGUUGUUGGUGGUCAUAAUGGACAAAAGUAUCAAAAAAGUAUUGAGACUUACCAACCAAGUACUGGUGUUUGGUCUUUUAUUGCUGAUAUGCACUCACAUCGAUUCAAUCCUGGUGUAUUUACAUUAAAUGGUUUAUUGUAUGUUUUGGGUGGAAGUCACGAAUUUGCUUAUUUGGAUUCUUUAGAAAUAUACAACCCAAAAAUCAAUACAUGGUCCAUUGAAACAUUAUCAAAAGGUGUUGGUGAAAUUAUUGACGGAAUUGUUAUUAAUAGACAACCACUUUUUAGUACUAAGUGUGUGUCCUUAUAAAAGAUGAAUGCCAUACAAAAUUCAUCAUGUAGUACUGAUCAAAAUCAAUUUAUGAAACCUGACAUAAAUGAAUCAAAAAGUUAUAGAAAUUGCUCUCACACCAUCAAAAUGUUUGAAGUCCUACAAUUAUUACGCAAAAAUGAAAUUUUAUGUGAUAUAAAAUUACAAACAGACGAUGGUACCGUAUUAUGUGCACAUAAACUUGUUUUAGUAUCUGUAAGUCCAUAUUUUCAGGCAAUGUUUACAUGUUUUAAUGAAAGCAAUAAAGAUAUUGUCAAUAUAAAAUAUCUGGAUUCCACUGCUUUACAACUGUUAUUGGAUUAUAUUUAUACGGGUGAAAUCAUGAUAAGCAAAAAAAAUGUCCAGGAUUUGUUACCAGCUUCAAAUCUCUUACAGUUAGAAUUUGUAAGAGAUGUAUGUGUUGAAUUCUUAAUAAAACAACUGAAUCCUUCAAAUUGUCUCAGUAUCAGAGCAUUUGCUGAGUUACAUGACUGUAUGGAAUUGUUGUCAAGUUGUGAAGCAUAUAUAAAAAAACAGUUUUUAGAAGUGGUUAAAUAUGAUGAGUUUUUAUCUUUAUCUUCUGAAGAACUAAUUUAUCUAAUUUCGAGUAAUGAUCUUAAUGUUGCAUUUGAAGAAAAAGUAUUUGAAUGUGUUAUUAAUUGGGUAAAACACGAAUUAGGUUGUAGGUAUGAUAGCUUACCUAGAUUAAUUGAACAUGUGCGUUUGCCUCUAAUAUCCUUAGAAUACAUAAAAAAAGAAGUUGUUGAAGAACCUCUUCUUAAAAAUAGUCCUGAAUGUAAAGAUUAUGUAAAUGAAGCUUUAAAUUUUCAUAAACUUAAGACACAAGAAGUUAUUAUUAUUCCACAUUCAAUUCGUAGUACACCUAGACUGUCUGGAUAUAAAGUUAUUCUUAUGUUGAGUUUAUCUCAAAGAACAAUGAAGUGUAAUGCAAACUGGUAUGACCCUACAACUAACUUAUGGCAGACUGCGGUUGGAGUGGGUGAAUGCCAUAGGCCAACUGGUCUGGCAAUAGUAACAAGUCAAUUUGUGUUUUCUUUGGGUAGUUUUUAUAUGUCUGAUUCUCGAUCUGUUGAAGUGCUUGAUUUAUUUUCAUAUUCACCCUGUUGGAUGCCAAUGGCUGACAUGUUAGUUUGUCGAUAUAAUUUAGGAGUUGGUGUUUUAAAUAAUUGUAUAUAUGCUGUCGGUGGAUCUAAUGGUAUUGGUAGUCUAAAUAGUGCAGAGGUUUUUGAUGUUAGUUUUAAAAAAUGGCGAAUGAUAUCUAAUAUGUCUACCAAGAGAAGUACUUUUAGUGUUGGUGUACUCGAUAAUUUAAUAUAUGCAGUAGGAGGUUAUAGCGGAUCAGAAAUUUUAAAAUCUGUUGAAUGUUAUGAUCCAAAUCUUGAUACUUGGACAUCAGUUGCAGAAAUGUCAGUAGGUCGCUUUGGUACUAGUAUUGGAGUCUUAGAUGGUGUUAUGUAUGUUGUUGGUGGUAAUAAUGGAUCAGGGCAUCUUAAAAGUGUUGAGGCUUAUAGACCAAGUACUGGAGUUUGGUCAUUUAUUGCUGAUAUGCACUUGUGCCGAUUCAAUCCUGGAGUGUUUGCAUUAAAUGGUUUAUUGUAUGUUAUUGGUGGAAAACGUGGAUCUACUUAUUUACAUUCUGUAGAAAUUUACAACCCUAACACCAAUACCUGGACCAUAGAAGCAUUGACAAAAAAUUUUUAUCAAAUCAUUGGUGGAGUAGAGGUAGAUAGGCUACCUCAGUUUAGAAUUCAUUAGCAUAAAUGACAUCAUUGUUUAUUUAUAUACAUAUAUUGUAACUGUAUAUACCUAAUGAUAAAAAGGUUAUAACAUUUUUACUAUUUUUACUAGUUUUAUCAAUUUUUAUUU